AUGGGAACAUCAGUGCAAGUAACACCACUUUGUGGAGUGUACAAUGAAAACCCUCUCUCUUACUUGGUUUCCAUUGAUGGCUUCAACUUCCUUAUUGACUGUGGUUGGAAUGACCACUUUGACUCUUCCCUCCUUCAACCCCUUUCCAGGGUAGCAUCAACUAUAGAUGCCGUUUUACUUUCACAUCCUGACACACUUCACCUUGGUGCCUUACCCUAUGCCAUGAAGCAGCUUGGACUCUCUGCUCCUGUUUAUUCAACUGAGCCUGUCUAUAGAAUGGGACUUCUCACUAUGUAUGACCAGUUCCUCUCAAGAAAGCAAGUAUCGGAGUUUGAUUUGUUUACUCUAGAUGAUAUUGAUUCUGCUUUCCAAAGUGUAACAAGGCUAACAUACUCUCAGAAUCAUCACCUCUCUGGCAAGGGAGAGGGAAUUGUGAUUGCACCACAUGUUGCUGGACAUCUUUUGGGAGGCACGAUAUGGAAAAUUACAAAGGAUGGUGAGGACGUCAUAUAUGCUGUUGAUUUCAAUCACAGGAAAGAAAGGCAUUUGAAUGGAACUAUUCUAGGUUCCUUUGUGCGGCCAGCUGUUCUAAUAACUGAUGCUUAUAAUGCUUUGAACAAUCAGCCUUACCGGCGUCAAAAGGACAAAGAAUUUGGAGAUGUCUUAAAGACGACUCUAAGGGCAGGUGGAAAUGUGUUACUACCUGUUGAUACCGCUGGACGAAUAUUAGAACUCGUUCUGAUGUUGGAAUCGUAUUGGGCGGAUGAAAACUUGAACUAUCCUAUAUACUUUCUUACAUAUGUUGCAUCCAGCACUAUUGAUUAUGUGAAGAGUUUCCUUGAGUGGAUGAGUGAUUCCAUAGCAAAGUCUUUUGAACAAACACGUGAAAAUAUAUUUCUUUUGAAAAAUAUCACACUUCUGGUUAACAAGACUGAUCUUGACAAUGCUCCCGAAGGUCCAAAGGUUGUUCUUGCAUCCAUGGCAAGUUUGGAAGCAGGUUUUUCACACGAUAUAUUUGUUGAUUGGGGAAAUGAUGUCAAAAAUCUUGUGUUUUUUACAGAAAGAGGCCAGUUUGGCACGCUAGCUCGGAUGCUUCAGGCUGAUCCACCUCCAAAAGCUGUCAAAGUCACUGUGUCCGAACGGGUUCCUUUGGUUGGCGAGGAGCUAAUUGCAUAUGAGGAAGAGCAAAACCGAAUAAAGAAAGAAGAAGCUUUAAAAGCUAGUCUUAUAAAAGAGGAAGGGUUGAAAGCCUCUCAAGGGGCUGAUAAUAAUACUACUGAUCCUAUGGUCAUUGAUACCGGCAAUAAUCAACCAUCACCAGAAGUGGCUGUUGCAAAAAAUGGAGGAUACAGAGAUGUAUUUGUUGAUGGAUUUGUCCCUCCUUCAACCAGUGUUGCCCCAAUGUUCCCCUGUUAUGAGAAUGCAUCAGAAUGGGAUGAUUUUGGUGAAGUCAUAAAUCCAGAUGAUUAUGUAAUUAAGGAGGAAGACAUGGAUCAGACAGCAAACAAUUUAGGUGGUGAUAUAAAUGGAAAACUGGAUGAAGGUGCUGCAAGUUUGAUAUUUGAUACAAAGCCGUCAAAAGUUAUAUCUGAUGAAAGGACGGUCCAAGUCAGGUGUUCGCUGGUUUACAUGGAUUUUGAAGGUCGUUCAGAUGGAAGAUCAAUUAAGAACAUUCUCUCCCAUGUGGCUCCUCUUAAGCUGGUUUUGGUGCACGGAUCUGCUGAAGCUACAGACCAUCUGAAGCAGCACUGCCUGAAGAAUGUAUGUCCUCAUGUUUAUGCACCUCAAAUUGACGAGACUAUUGAUGUAACGUCUGAUUUAUGUGCUUAUAAGGUUCAACUAUCUGAGAAGUUAAUGAGUAAUGUACUCUUCAAAAAGCUGGGAGAAUAUGAAAUAGCUUGGGUUGAUGCUGAAGUAGGGAAGACAGAGAAUGAUAUGCUUUCGCUUCUCCCCAUUUCUGGCACACCUUGUCCACAUAAAUCUGUUCUAGUUGGUGAUUUGAAAUUGGCAGAUUUCAAGCAGUUUCUCUCAACCAAAGGCGUUUCGGUGGAGUUUGCUGGCGGGGCUCUACGUUGCGGUGAAUACGUAACUGUUCGGAAGGUUGGGGAUGCAACUCAGAAGGGUGCUGGUUCUGGUACUCAGCAAAUUAUUAUUGAAGGUCCUCUUUGUGAAGAUUACUAUAAGAUUCGCGAUUAUCUCUAUUCACAGUUUUAUUUGCUUUAG